AUGCCUCAAGCGGUCGUCCUGCAGACCAACCUUGGUCCCAUCACCUUCGAGCUGUACGACCAGCAUGCGCCAAAGACCUGCCGGAACUUUCUCGAGCUGUCGAAGCGGGGUUACUACCAGGGCACUGUCUUCCACCGCAUCAUUGCGGACUUCAUGAUCCAGGGCGGAGACCCGACCGGCACUGGUCGAGGCGGAACGAGCAUCUACGGUGACCGGUUUGAGGACGAAAUCCAUCCCGACUUGCGGUUCACGGGCGCUGGCAUUCUCGCGAUGGCGAACAGCGGGCCCAAUACGAACGGCAGCCAAUUCUUCAUCACCCUCGCACCAACACCUCAUCUUGAGCGCAAGCACACAAUCUUCGGCCGCGUCUCGUCAGGCAUGCAGGUCGUGCAACGGUUGGGAGCGGUUGCGACGGAUGCAGAAGACCGACCGCGCGAGGAGAUGAAGAUUAUCAAGGCUUCGGUGGUAGACGUUUGA